AUGGAUGCCUUUGUGUCGCGCAAAAAGAGAAGAAUCUCGUCUCCUGUUCAGCAUGAGACAGCCCAACAGCCCAGCACUCUGACCGUGGCUGAAGACGACGAAUCAACCGAUUUCAAGCUUGCUUUACUCUCCUCUCUCCACCCCAAUGUCGACCAGAAUGCUCUUUUGGAUAUACUUCUGGCACAUGAAGGUUCGGUAGAGAGUUCCUCAAACUCGCUGCAGGCAGGUUACUCGCUACCGCGUAAAAGCUCAGCUGCGACUGGUUAUCAGAGCUCACUCCUCUCUAACUUUACCUCUUCCCACGAGACUAAGGGUCCAGAUACUCCACAAAGAAAAUUGAUUUCGAAGAGAGGGAAGACUCUACAUCUGUUUUCUCCAGAGGAUGUGGCAAGUCAUACACCAUGCUCUAUUAUCCACAAUUUCCUCCCUGUAGAAGAGGCAAACGACUUACUCAAGGAGCUCCUCCAAGAAGCUCAGACAUUUGAAAGAAUGACUUUCAAGCUGUUUGACAACGUGGUUCAGAGUCCACAUACGACGUCUUUCUACGUGGAAGGGCUGGAAGAAAUGCGGAAACAGCAGACAGAGUACAUUUAUAAUGGAGGUCUCUUGACGGAUGUUCGGCAACUUACUCCUGUGAUGCGAAGGGUCUCACCAAAGGUUGCAGCAGCUGUCAAUAAGGAGAUUGCAAUGCGUAUUGCUACUCGUUAUCCAGGCGCCAAGAAACUCAAACAUCAGUCCCCGAACGAAUGGAAUCCCAAUGCUGCGUGCGUUAACUGCUAUAGCGGCGCAGCUGAAAGUGUUGGAUACCACAGUGAUCAGCUCACUUAUCUGGGGCCACGAGCUGUCAUUGGGUCUAUAUCUCUGGGAGUUGCCAGGGAGUUCCGCGUACGACGAGUGGUACCGCAAGAUGAGCCUUCAGGCAUGGAGAAGAAAGACAAGUCGAAAGCGGCUUCAGAUGCAGAGGGUCAAAUUUCAAUACAUCUUCCGCACAACUCUCUUCUCGUUAUGCAUGCCGAGAUGCAAGAAGAGUGGAAGCAUAGCAUUGUUCCAGCACAAGCAAUUGACCCUCACCCCAUUUCGGGCACGAAGAGGAUCAAUAUUACAUACCGGAACUAUAAAUCUUCGAUGCACCCUAAAUUUACUCCGAAGUGCAAGUGCGAUGUCCCGGCGGUGUUAAGGGUCGUUCAAAGAAAGAAAGAAAACUGGGGGAGGUACUUUUGGAUGUGUUAUGCUGGAAACGUCCCCGAAAAAGCGAAUUGUUCAUACUUCGAAUGGGCAUCUUUCGACGAAGAUGGGGAACCAAUUUGGAACAAGAAGCUGAAGAUGUUUUCAGAGGCAUCGCCGCGAUCAGUGCCAUCAUGA